AUGGGCGACCUAGCACGAGGGCUUGAUAUCAUCAUACUUGGUGGUGGAAUAGCUGGCCUCACAACAGCUCUCGCUCUCACGAAAUUUGCUCCAGACGAUUCUAUCCCCAAUAUUCAGAUCUUCGAGGUUAGGCCAGAACCCGCGACGAUUGGCGGCGCAGUAAAUCUCACGCCCAACGCGCUCCGUAUGUUGGAUCACCUUGGGGCAUAUGAGGUCAUUAAAAAUCGAGGCUACGGAAAGGAUAUAGAUGAGCUAGAAGUCUACGAUAUAUAUUCGACUAAGCUCGCUGUAUCCAGCUUCAAAGGCACCCAUGGUAAAGGCAUUGGCAGCCCUCCAUACAAGGCGCUUCGUAUCACGAGAGGUGACGCGCUGAAGGCAGUACUGGAAGUCAUUGAGCAGCAAAGCAAUAUUACCCUGACAUGUGGCAAAAAGACAGUCGAUAUUCAAGAGACCCCUGACGAUGUGACCAUCACAUUUGACGACGGGACCCCGUGCACUGCUGAUAUCCUCAUGGGUUGUGACGGUAUUCACUCUGUCACCCGACUGAAACAUGUUGAUCCUGAACGCAAAGAGACGUACACUGGGGUUUGCAAUGCUUUCGGCUUCGCCGCUAUUGAAAAGGGGUUUCCUGUUCAUUUUGAUUGCACAGCCAUCAACUUCGCCCGGCGGGGAAUGCUUCUCACUAGUUACCACAGUCCGGAGAUGGAUUCCGUAUACGUCGGCGCUUUGAUUCAAGUUGCCGACAUUGGUUCGCGUGAUGGGUGGAAACAGGUUGGUGGAGAUGCGGAGAAGACCAGAGCAGAGCUACUGAGCCGAUUUGGCGAUGCGAAUGUUUCCUGUAUCAACACUCUUAUUAGGUUGGCGAAAGACUUCUACUUGUGGCCAGUUUUCACGUUGUCGAAAGACGGACGAUGGUCGACCGAUCGGUGUAUGCUAUUGGGUGACGCAGCACAUGCAAUGCCGCCUCAGGGCGAGAGCACAGGCAUUGUCUUCGAAGACACUGUGAUCUUUGCGCGUUGUCUGACCAAAUGGGUUGAGAAAGGCAUGCCGGGUGGCAAUCCCAAAGAAGCAUUCGAAGCUUACGAAACUAUGAGGAAACCUCGAAUCGCGACAGCUUUUGAUGAGUCUCAAAGUGUUCUUCGAACCGUUUCCGACGCCGGAUGGUUUGGUCAUAAGCUCAAGACUUACAUCGUGCCAUGGUAUCUCUGGUACACCAGAUCAUACCGUGAAAAGCACUUCAUCGAAGAUGUGACGACGAGUAAGCUGAAUUACUGCUAG